CUGCUUGCGACUGGCUGAUUCAAAAGGCAUCCCCAGAAGACAACCCAGGAGCCGCAGCGGGUGUUAGUAUUUGUGAGGAGACCUUUGCGGUGGCCUGUGUCGCGUAGCGGCAGGAGGAUGAGGCCUGGCAGCGGGAUUAGCCUGAGCUUCGUGGCCGAGCAGCGGAUUCGGCAGCUGGAGCAAAAACUGCGAGCUAAAGAAGAGAGAAUAAUUAUGCUGAAAACCGAAAAUGCUCUUCUCUACCUCAAAUUGGCAGAGAGUCAACAAAGAAGUGGGAAUAUCUCACCUGAACAGUCAGAUUAUUUCAAUUUUUGCAGAAAGAAAAAUUUCUAUGAAAGUGCCAAGUCCAUGGUAAUCCAGCUUUACAGAGCUAUACAGAGACUGAAACAAGAUAUGAAGAAUCUCCGUUUGUCCGCUCUUCAGUUUUCAAGAGAUAUCCAGCAUCAGGGCAAAAACUUCUUUUACCAGAUUUUGUCUGCUAUCCAGAGGCUGCAGCUACAUAAUGAAACUAUUGAAAUAUUUCAGACUAAAGCCAUGGAACUUGAACAGUCUUUAUAUGAAGUCAGUGAGAGAUACCAGAAGGAAAAACAAAAGAGAAAAGUACUUCAUAACAGUUUAGUUGAAUUAAGGGGCAACAUCCGAGUACACUGUAGGAUUCGUCCAUUGUUACCAUUUGAUUCUGCUCCUGGAGAGUCAGUCUUAGAAUACAGGCAGAGAAACAUUUCAGAAAAAGUUGUACGUGCAGUUGAUGAUGAAACUGUCAUUGUAAGAUGUAGCCGCCCUGGUCAUGCUUUGAUAAAUAAGACGUUCCAGUAUGAAAGAGUUUAUAGUGGUACUGAUUCACAAGUUGCAGUAUUUACAGAUGUAUCCCCUCUACUUACAUCUCUGCUGGAUGGGUACAAUGUGUGUAUUAUGGCUUAUGGACAGACCGGGAGUGGAAAAACAUAUACUAUGUUGGGACCUCAGCCUGAAGAUAAUGUUGCCUUCCCUGUAGAAGAAGAAUCAGAUUUGGGUAUUAUUCCUAGAGCCACUGAAGAAGUAUUCAGGCUUCUUUCAGAAAAACCACUAGGAAGCCAUUUGGUUGAAGUUUCUGUUGUUGAAGUGUAUAACAAUGAAGUGUUUGAUCUUCUGGCGAAAGACAACUUUGGAAGAUCAAGUGGUGUCAAAAGGGGCAUAAUCACAAAUAAAGAAGGAAAGAGUGAUGUCCCUCUUCUUACCUACGAACCUGUUGAAGAUGCUGAGCAGUUCCUAGAACUAGUUAAUAAGGGACUUCAACUGAGGGUCAAGCAUCCAACACUAGUACAUGCUCAUUCUUCUCGCUCUCAUCUUGUGGUGACUUUGACUUUAACUACAGUUCUUUCAGAGGAUGACUAUGGUAUAUCUUGCUCAGGGGACCCUUCUAGUCAAAGACAAAGUAAAGAACAUUUCUUGACAUCUCCCCACUCAGUGAAAGAUGACACAUCCUCCUUUCCUUCUAGAGCUUCUUCACCAGCCUCUUUUGUCAGUGAAUCCAUGGGAAAACUGAAGCAAAUUAGAACAAAACUUCAACUGGUUGAUUUGGCUGGCAGCGAGUGUGCUGGUAUGUCUGGUGCAACUAGCUCAGUCCUGAGGGAGACUUCCUUUAUUAAUCGGAGCCUGUCUGCUCUAGCAGAUGUACUUGGAGCUAUAUCAGAGCAGCGUCCACAUGUGCCAUAUCGAAACAGCAAACUUACACAUUUGCUACAGGACUCGAUAGGGGGUGAUGCAAAAUUGCUGCUGAUGUUGUGUGUCUCCCCCAGCCAGAAGUACAUAACAGAGUCACUGCAAACCCUUGGAUUUGGGUCUCGCGCACGGCAAGUUCAGAGAGGGCAGCCCAAGAAAAGAAACCCAUUGGCGCUGAGCAAAUCCAAAUAAGACAUAAAGACUCCUGUGGAUUAAAGCAUUAUUAAUGAGUUCCUCAAACUGAAAUGGAUCUUGUUGUCAUAAAAAUGUAAACUGCCAGUUAAAAUAAACAGUCCUCGGUGAAGUCUUGGCAGGCAAUAAACUUGCUAAGCAACAUCUUAGUUCCAAGAACAAUUGCAUGUAUGAACAAAAGGCUACUAGAUAGGAUAAGCAAGGAUGUCUGCUCUUUGAUUUAGGAAGAGCAUCUGGAUAAUCAAAUUUCAAGGAACAAAGCAUUUGGGUGGAGAACUAAAACAGAACUUCUGUGAUUCAAAUUUUGGUUAUAUAAUUUACAAAAUUGAGAACAGGAGACUGCUAGGCAUUCUGUGCUACACAGCAGUGGCAUACUGCAUGUGUGAAAGGCUUAUUUGCAGAUGGAUGUGUUAUUAGAUAGACCUGGUACUUCAGCUUUGGGUUUCUUUUCCCACAGCAUCAGAUUUCCUUUCCCAUUUUCCUGAAACCCGGAGAGUUGCCCAAAACCUGAGUUUGGAGUGUUUCCCAGCUAUCUUAAGCAGGUUUUAGGAGUGUUCAAGGACCUUCUGGGAGAGGGGGAUUGCUCCCUUCCUUCCUUUUUAAAUUCCGAUGACUGGAACUUGAGACAGUCCAGAUAAGAACUGACCAAACAGAACAGGAUAGUGCCUUUUCUUACUUUAGACACUAUACAUUAAUUGAUACUGCCUAGAAUUGCAUUAUUUUUGUUUGCUAUCACAUAACAUUGUUGACCCUUGUUGACUUGUGAUUUCCCCCUUUAAUGCUGAGUUUUGAUCUGGAAUUUUAUUUUAAGUUAUUUUUGGUUUAUGUAAGUUAGUAUUGUCAACAAUUGGCAGCAGCUCUCCAGAGCAGAAAUCUUUCCUAGUUCUGUCUAGAUAUCCCUUGUACUUGCUGGAAGUUGCUGAUCCAAGUGCUAAUCAAAGACAACCCCGCUUAACUUUCAAGAUCAGAUGAAAGUGAGUUGUGUUCAAGCCAACACAUCUGGGGUACCAAGAUGCACCAAGAUGGUUGUUGGUUGUUGAUGGUUUAUGUUUUUAUCACAUUUUGUACAUUUUUUGUUUUAAUUUAUUGUAAUGCAAUGUUUUUUACUAUGCUAUAUUUUAAUUCUGCUGACUGGGCUAGGUCCCCAUGUAAGCUGCCCCGAGUCCCUUUGGGGAGAUAGUGGCGGGAUAUAAGAAUAAAGUUAUUAUUAUUUUGAGGGAUAAAGACAAUUAUGGAUACAUUUCAUUAGUAACAACCUAAUAUGGGUGGUCUUUUUUAUAGAUAGUACUAUCAAGUCAGGUGACAACAACCCUACACGUGUGCAUCUGAUUUUUCCUCUCUUGAGAAUCUUUUAAUUUUUGAUCCCUCUCCCCAAACUGCUAAGGCAAGUAGGGAAUUGUACAGCAUUUUAGAUUUUCUUGGACUAACCAGCAUAAGUUAGUGGCAAGGAAUGCUGACAACAUCUGAAAAAUCCUAUUCCUGUGUUAAAAUUAUUUUGAAUCCCACUUUUGUCUUCUGGGAUAUUUACUAACCCUUCCAGUUGAUGUCAACUUCAAAUUUCUUUAUCCACUGUCAUGCAUUUAAAUGUUGAACAAUCCAAUUUUAUUUUAUUCUUGAACCAGGUAGCUAGUUAAAAUUUCUUUAUCCACAGUCAUGCAUUUAAAUGUUGAACAAUCCAAUUUUAUUUAUGUAUGUAUUUAUUUAUUUACUUACUUAUCUUUCAACCAAAUAUGAGUGACAUAUAAAACAGAUGAUAAUAAAACAGUAUUAGAUGAUUAAAACAGUUUCAAAACAUUACAUAAAAACCAAAGUUAAGAACAUCUGACGUCACUAAAAUGAUAAAAUCUAGGAAAAAGAUACUGAGUAAACCACUUUGGAGAGAGAAUCUUUGUAAAUAGUUUGCCAUUUAUGAAAUAGCAGUUGAAUGUGGAAAAAGAGGUAUCUUUAAAAAUUGUUCUUGAACCAGGUAGCUAGCUCUUAAACCUUGCAAUAAAUCCUAUGAACAAGUCACAAUGAACAAAGGCAAAACUUGAUUUCUGCAAAAACAUGCAGAAGAUUGAGUUGCCCAGUGUGCUUAAAGUCCAUGAGCAGUUCCUGUUCUGGCAUUAUGUCAGAUUUCUAGAGGUCAGAGAUUAAGUUUUGAAAGCAGAACCUUCUGGACCUCCCAUGAGCAACUAUAGUAGAAUUUCUAAUGCAAAACUUGGUAUGUACUCUGUAUCUAUUUGUUAUAGACAUUUUUAUUUGCAUAGUUUAUCUAUGUUGUAGAAGUUAUUUUUUGUGGAAUUUUUAACUGAGCCUUUUUUUAAAGGGAAUAGCAUAUAUGUGUAAACAUAUGUGGCUUACCUUUAGUGUUUCUUCUCAGGUAGAGGUGAUUUAUAUCUCCUAUAUACCUGAGAUACCAGAAGAAAGAGCAAAGACAACUUUACACAGUUUAUUAGUAACAGUUAUACCAGUAAAUAAAUAAAACUUAAGUUUUACCAAAGCAAACUUGGAGGCUAAUGGAAUUGUCAAAAGAUAACAUCCUGAUUUUUUAGAUUGAAAAUUGUGUUGUCGGAAAUUAUGUUGGAGCUGGAUUGGGAAAAGGAUAAUAGCUAGAUAUAAAACAUAGAGUGUGUUUAUGUUGUUUUUAAAUAGUCAAACUGAACUUUUUAUACUUCUUCCCCUCCUUCCACUUCUUCCAUUUCUCCUCCACCUCAUCCUCUUUCUGCUUCUUAUUGCAAUAUCAUAAUUUGCAUUUUAGUAGCAUGAUCAAUUUAGUUUGUAUUUAAAUGACGGUAUGUAUAAUAGUUUGUGCAUUUGGUGCUGCUUGGUGCUGAACAUUAGGAAGAACUUCCUGACUGUGAGAGCUGUUCAGCAGUGGAACUCUCUGCCCCGGAAUGUGGUGGAGGCUCCUUCUUUGGAAGCUUUUAAACAGAGGCUGGAUGGCCAUCUGUCAGGGGUGCUUUGAAUGCAAUAUUCCUGCUUCUUGGCAGGGGGUUGGACUGGAUGGCCCAUGAGGUCUCUUCCAACUCUAUGAUUCUGUGAUUCUACUUUGUACCUCAACUAUGGAAAGAAAGUGAAACAAAAAUCUUAAAAAUAAAAUAAAUAAAAACAGACCCACACAGAGACUUACAUUUUACAGCCCUCCAUGCUUUUGCUAGCAUUCUGUUAAAUUUCAACAGCAGCAAUAAAAACCAGCUUCUUUUAAAAAUAAAGAAAUACUGUAUUUGAGUAAAUUUAUGAUCCUGACAGCAGUUAUGUUAAAAAUGCAGCUUUGGGUUGUAAUGUGAAGAUCAUGUACAACCCCGGACAAAUUAGGGCCACAAUACAUCUACACACAGCCCUGCAAGAUUGCUUAUUCUUGUUUCAGGAGCAGGGUGGUAGAGAAGAGGUUCAGCUCAUUAAAUGUCCUUUGGGUUCUAACAAGUUUACAGGAGAUAUAUUUAGACACUGAAGCAAGAUUAUAGCAAGAUUAGAGGAAGUAUCAUACAUUUAGAUGUUUUAAGAUUAUAAGAGAUGUCAUACAUUUAAGUAGAGUUACAUGUCAGUGGCAUCCUAUAAAAUUAUUACUUCAAAAUCUAAUCCUUCCAAAGUUUUCAGAGACACCUAGCCCGGAAAUAUACUCAUGAAUCUUGGAUGCACUUAAAAGGGGCAGGUCAUUCUCUUAACUCUGAAAAAAUAGCUCUAAAUGUCCAUGUCAUUAAGGCAUUGCCAAAAUGUAUGUUUGUGCCUCUUUCAAAACUAAAAUAAAGUUGUUGUGUAAAUAGAAUCCCUCAUUUUUUUUCCUUCUGUAGUGGACAGAAGGAAAUAAACACAUACAGCUCCUUGAUAUAUUUGGCAAAGAGAAAAGGGACAAUUAAAAGUUUAUCCUGCAAAGAGAGGAAUCGUCUCUCUUAGAGAUUCUGCAUACCAGGAUCUAAAGUGGUUAUUUUCAUUUGGCUCACAAAGUAACCUGGCUGUAAUUUACUUAUCCAAUUUUCUUUUAUCCAAUUUCCUUAAUCCAAUUUAAAGAUAUAAUUGUGUCUUGGAUAAAGGAAAUGAUAUGGAACUUGUGAGAAAUGCUUACAUGUACACAAUUUCUUUAUGUACAGAGUUUUGACCUUUCUCAAUAAAAAAGAAAAGAAAAA